AUGCAGCCAAGGUUGAAAGGGGUCCUGUGCUUGGGUGUGACAGCUGGUGCUUAUAUCCUUAAACUGUUCGCAAUGCAAUAUAAAGAACGGGUGCUUGGGUUAAUUCUUGUAUCUCCUAUCUGCAAAGUGCCUUCUUGGACAGAAUGGCUCUACAACAAGGUAUUGCUGAACUUGUUAUAUUUUUAUGGUAUGUGUGGUGUAUUAAAGGAAUGCCUUCUCCAGCGUUACUUCAGUAAGGAGCUUAGAUGUGGCAUACAAGGUGCAGAAUCAGAUGUAAUACAAGCUUGCCGAAGGUUAUUGGAUGAAAGACAAGUUCGAACGUGA